CAUGAGGCGGCGGCCGGCGGGACGGGCCGAGGCCCGGCGGAGGAGGCGGCUCCGCGGAAACUCGCCGCCCGAGGAAAUCUGGAAAAGUCGCAAGCGCAACACCAUUUCUCUAAGAAAGUUUUGGGUAGCAGCAGUUCUGGAUAACAGGGCCAACCAGCUCGAUCACCAUGAGUUGGAGCUUCCUGACUCGCCUGCUAGAGGAGAUCCACAACCACUCCACCUUUGUAGGGAAGAUCUGGCUCACUGUGCUCAUCGUCUUCCGCAUAGUGCUCACAGCCGUGGGCGGGGAGUCCAUCUACUACGAUGAGCAAAGCAAGUUUGUGUGCAACACGGAGCAGCCGGGCUGCGAGAAUGUCUGCUAUGACGCCUUUGCCCCCCUCUCCCAUGUGCGCUUCUGGGUGUUCCAGAUCAUCCUGGUGGCCACACCAUCGGUGAUGUACCUGGGCUAUGCCAUUCACAAGAUUGCCAAAAUGGAGCACGGUGAAGCAGACAAGAAGGCAGCCCGGAGCAAGCCCUACACAAUGCGCUGGAAGCAGCACCGGGCUCUGGAAGAAACAGAAGAGGACCAUGAAGAGGACCCCAUGAUGUAUCCAGAAAUGGAGCUGGAAAGUGAAAAAGAAAAUAAAGAACAGACUCAACCUAAACCCAAGCAUGACGGCCGCCGACGGAUCCGGGAGGACGGGCUCAUGAAAAUCUACGUGCUGCAGUUGCUGGCAAGGACCGUGUUUGAGGUGGGCUUUCUGGUCGGACAGUACUUUCUGUAUGGCUUCCAGGUCCACCCGUUUUAUGUGUGCAGCAGGCUUCCCUGCCCCCAUAAGAUAGACUGCUUCAUUUCUAGACCCACGGAAAAGACCAUCUUCCUUCUGAUAAUGUAUGGUGUUACAGGCCUCUGCCUGUUGCUCAACAUUUGGGAGAUGCUUCAUUUAGGGUUUGGGACCAUUCGAGACUCACUAAACAGUAAAAGGAGGGAGCUUGAGGAUCCGGGUGCUUACAAUUAUCCUUUCACUUGGAAUACACCAUCCGCUCCCCCUGGCUAUAACAUUGCCGUCAAACCAGAUCAGAUCCAGUACACCGAGUUGUCCAACGCUAAGAUCGCCUACAAGCAAAACAAGGCCAACAUCGCCCAGGAGCAGCAGUACGGCAGCCACGAGGAGCACCUCCCUGCCGACCUGGAGACCCUGCAGCGGGAGAUCAGGAUGGCUCAGGAGCGCCUGGAUCUAGCAAUCCAGGCCUACAGCCACCAGAACAACCCCCAUGGUCCCCGGGACAAGAGGGCCAAAGUGGGGUCCAAAGCUGGGUCCAACAAAAGCAGUGCGAGUAGCAAAUCAGGGGAGGGGAAGACCUCCGUCUGGAUUUAAUCUUGGCUGGGCUUUUCAUAGUUUAUGGUGAGCAACGGCUCACUGAGUAACGACUUCCACUGAGUAAACAUUUGGCUCUGGUUAUCUUCAGGGGUGCUGUUGGCUCACGGUCCAAGCUCAGGGGACUGAAGGCGGAGCUGGGAUGGAGGGGAGAGAGGGAAACACAGUGUUCCCGGGCACAUGUUCUCAGCAAUAAUACAGUUGCAGAAGCUUACAUUUGUGUCUUCCAGAUCUGGAGAAAAACAGAUAUAUUUAAAUCAUCCUUGUUGAACAGUUUUUGUAUGUACAGUAUUAUGGUACUUUUUUUUUUUUUUUAGUAUGAGAACUUUUUUUGUAUUUGUACAUUGAACUGCUGUAGUUACACUUUUUAUAUUAAAGGGGGAAAAAUCCUUGUAAGUUAUGACUAUUAAGCUAGUGUUAUUUGUUCAGCAAAUUCUACCCUGGGUUUACAGUUUUAAAUAGAUACUCCACUUAAUAAAAGUGCCUCUCAUGUUGCAGGAGAGUUCAGAGGUGAGAGACUGAGGAGGAAGUAUCAGUUUUCAGUGCUGGAAGGAGAGUCCACACUAGAGGGAUGUUAAGGUCAUCUCUGGUUUACAUGAGGAAUCUUUAAAUCGCCUGAUCAGAGCUGUAGCCAAUCUUCGAAAGCGUAUGUACGGUACUGUAGAAUGCUUUUACAUAUCGAGUGUUGCCAGUGUGUGCUCUGAUCUUUCUAAAGAUUGAUCUGCAAAGGAGCCCCCAACCCAGUGGCAGCCCAGAGAACCUGGCCAGUGCUGAUGCCAAGCUGCUUCUGUCAGAAAGCAAAGCCACGCCUGAGGAAUAAGCCCUGAUAGGAUGUUUAGUUUGUGAACCUGUUUAAUUUGCCUUAAGCCUCAAUCCAGAAACUGCCCCUCUCAGGUUUCAUAAGAAGCCAGAAAUGAGUAUUUUCUUUAUUAAGUAACAUUAGAAAUACAAAAAUUUCCCGGUGGACUUAGACUACUCAAGGCUACUUGUACUGCAAAGGGCAGAGAGCCUAAGUCUGAAUUCCUGGAUUUUUAUAAUUUACCAUGGACGGCUGUGAUUUACCUUCCUUCUCCGGUGCCGGUAUUUGUUACCUGUGGGCAGACGUUUGUGACAAGCAUUAACGUUCAUAACACCCGUAAUCUGCGGUGUUGCACUGCCGUUUUCAGUCUUACGUCGUCGGAGAGCUCUGCUCUCUGCUCGUCUUAAAGUUUACGCGCCUCUGAGUGAGAGCUCAGGAGAGGGGUAAGGGGCCUCUGCUCGGCCAGGGAGCCUUGCGUUGGGGGUCUUGCUCUUUUCUAACAGGAGACGAAUGCAAGCUGCCUCUGGACUUUGAAACUCCUAGAGUAUCAUGUUGUGUGUCUCGAUUUGUAAAUCUGUUUGUCAUUAUUUAGAAAAAUAGGCUAGCACCUCUGUGUAGUUUGUCCACUGCGUUCCUUUCCUCUCCGAGAACAAAAGAAGACAGCAGAGAUGUAACCUUAUCUUCUUAGCGGUUCAUUUUGCUUUUUUGUUUGUUUGUUCCUUUUGUAUCUUUAAAUUUUAGCCUAGAGAAGCUCCUCAGGAUUCCUAAACAUCUUAAGCAAAAAAAAAGAAAGAAAGAAAACCUCAGGUGAGACUGAACGGGAAGCAUCAGAAAAUGCUGUGUGUGUGUGUUGUGAAUGAUUAAUAGACACGCACAGUUUCCUUCUUACCAAGUGUCUAGUAAGGAAACAGAUGAGACAAGACCUUAACAUUUCAGCCUAGCUAAGAUAAAGAACUUUUUUUUUUUUAACAGAUGGAUAUUGAGAGGAGGAAUGAGAAAUAUUGAGUUCCUGUUUGCUGUUCACUCCCCGAAUGCCCACAAUGGCCAAGCCUGGGCCAGGCUGGAGCCAGGAGCUGGGAACCCAGUGCAGGUCUCGUCGUAGGUGGCACCUUCACUGUCGUCUCGCAGAGUCCACAUUAGCAGAAAGCUGGAGUCAGGAGCCAGGCCGGGCCCCGGCGGUGGGACACUACGCCUGCCCCAGAGCCGCAAUCCUUCCGUCAGAGCUUCAAGCAGAUUUCUGAAAGGACAGAGAAUACGUGCACCCCCGUGGCCUUUCCAAGCCUGGUGGGUAGGAGUGACUUUGCUGGCCUUUCCAAGCCUGGUGGGUAGGAGUGACUUUGCUGGCGGGAAAGAUGGAGACUUGAGAGUGAUGCAGAGGGAAGGACUCGAGCAGAAAUACCAGAGAACCAGGCCGCGGCGUCAGGCCCCGAAGCAUCUGCGUGGCUUCUGCAGACAUGAGACUGGUAUCUUUGGACAGUUCUUCAGCUUCUUAAAUUAUGUAGAAAGAUACUCCUGUCACCUCCCCACGUGCACACAGUUUUAAAGUCUGUUUCAUUCUCUUAGGUUGAAUCAGGACAAGAACUUCCCAGCUUUCACUGCCUCCCUAACUCACUUCUUUUCAGCCUUUGAACACAUGAUUGUGCCAGAGCCAUUUUCCCCUAACGACCAUCAGGGGCCGCGUUGAGAGUGUCCGCCUGUUCAUUGGCUCUGCUUGGAAUCUGUAGACGCCGCUCUGGAAUAUGUAGAAAGCAUGUCACCAGGCUUUGUCUCCUGAGCAAAUCCCCUUGUUUUGCCUCGCCCUGUGAGGCGCGCUUCAGCAUGAUGCUUGCUUGUCCUGCACGCGGAGGGUGAGUGCUUAGUCCCUUACGCUCCGGGCUCCUGCGCAGCCUCUUGCGUCCGUUCAGCUGUGCCCUGUCCUUUGGGCUGCUUUGUUGAGUCCUAUGAUUCUGGGGAGGAUUGCAGAAGGCUCAGGCCUUUUUCUCUUAGUCUGAAUCUGAGGGCAGAACUAGACGGCAUUUUUCCCCUAAGGAGACGUUAGUGUUCAUUUUGUGGCUCUGUCUUCACUGGUGACCUAGGUUUGCCUGUUUCUGUAUUUGUUCAUUUAAAACCACAAGUAUAUUAUUCAUUUGCACCUCCCCUUCCCUGAGAUUUUCCUUGAUUAAUGUCUAGAAUUAUUUACUAUUGAUAAAAAUGAAUUUUGCCAUCCAAAUUGGUUCUCACAGCCCAGGAGUUCCACAUUUGGGUCUUAUGUGAGUGUGUCUUUAAAGGGGGAAAAUCAGCAGUUAGUACCCAAUGCUAGCAUUUCUUCAUGGUAUGAGAUUAGGGGGUAAAACCACUGCUGUUUUUCUAAGUGUGAGGAGCCAGUCUCCUCUCAGAAGUGCCAGGUCACAGAGCCCUGGUAGAGGUGUUAGAGACCCACCUGUUGCUGUCGGGCACUUGUCUGGGCUUAGGGCUUCAGGAACAGUUGAACCCCCGGCAGUGCUAAGAGGCACUUCCCUCCGGUGCUCUCAGCAUAGGCCUCUGUGGUGGUGUGAGACUCCGGCCCCAGCGCUGGGUCCCAGGCGGGGACUUCAAUGCCAUUCCCAUUAGUCACACCUGUGACUUAGCCGUUUGGCUUCAGGAUGUCCAUGCUUUAUGCUUUCUGUCUCCUUUAAGAGACAGUGCAGUUCUAAAAAUAACAUCUCUAGUUGAUAAAUUUUUUGUGUUAGCUUUUGGUAAAAGGCAAGUAGGUUAUUCUAGAAUCUACUUUAAGAAAUACCUUUUUAUAAAUCGGAGCCUCUCCUGGCUGUAAUGUAAUAAAAAACAAAACAGAAAAAACACUUUUGAGUCAAAGAUACACAGUUGAAGGUCAUUCUGAUUGGAAGGUUCCGGGUACCAGGUUAUUUUAUCUUCAUAAAAUCAUGUAAUCUCGCAAAAUCUGACAACCUCAAAGCAAGAAAACAGCUGCGCCUGUGUGGUGCAGUCCGGAAGUAAAAUUCCGCCGCAGCUCUGUGUCAUAGACGUGUGAUAGUUCAUUGCCACCACUGAGUGUUAGAAUCUUAAGGUCGCAUCACGUAUUGGCCGCUCAUUCCAGCCACACAUCAUGCGGAGUGUGAAGACUUUUACUGGCUGUUGUCCCUGAUGUUGUAGUUCCGUUGUUUGUAAUAAUGCUAUUGAGUGGGUUUGGUUCGUGGGCAUUCCACAGACUCAUACUUCUUAAAACAGCAGUCCUGGGUAUUCCAACACCCAGAAGUCUGAGUGGAAGACGGCUGAGGCACUGCAGCGCGGUCUGGGGAAAGUGAAGCCAGAGCUGUGUGGCUCAGGGUUGCUUCCCAGGUUGGGACUGGUUCUCCUUACUUUGAAUUGCGUUUUUGUUACUAAAUCUUUUACAGAAGUCUCUACCUCAGGCACUAAACGUUACGACAUGGUCAGCAUAUUGAUACUGAAAAACUUAGCCAGGGCUUCCGACUUUUUUUUUUUUAAAGAAUUCAAAUGUAAGAGUCAACUGUUAACCAGCAAUCCGAUGUCACGUGGUGUGCAGUUUGGCUAUUGCAUGAAGCAGUUAAGGAAUCACCUGUUCAGUGCCAAAGACCACUCACUGCCGAUUGUGUUCUGCACGGUUUGUGUCAAACGUUCGUGGUGGAGUCAGACUCUGUGCUCAGGGCCUCGUCUCCAGCAAGGUUUUGUCAGUUCCAAAUACAGUUUAGAAGAUUCAUCUGUGUUC